AUGUUCAUUUUCGGAGAUUCUCUUCUAGAUAAUGGUAACAAUAAUCAUAUUAUAAGCCUGAUUAAGGCCAACUUCUUGCCUUAUGGUAUUGACUUCAACUCAACUCCCACAGGCCGUUUCUCCAAUGGCAGAAAUAUUGGUGACAUUGUUGCUGAAGAAUUGGGGCUGAGACAGUUUCCACCACCCUACCUUGCACCCAACUCUACUGGCAAUGCCAUUCUGCAAGGAGUCAACUAUGCCUCUGCAUUGUCUGGUAUUUUAGAAGAAACAGGCAACUUCUUAUAUGGCUUCCUUGCCAAUGAUAUCACUAAUGCCUUGCUAAACAAUAUUCUAUUGACCAACAUAUCCAUGAUAGGAAGGGUGACGCUGCAACGACAAAUCCUUUUCUUUGGAGAGACCAAAUCUCAAUUGAUAAACAUGUUGGGAGAAAACAAAGCUAAUGACUUGAUUUCCAAUUCCAUAUUCAUUAUAUCUGCUGGUUCUAAUGACUACCUUAACAACUAUCUGUUCCCACUUAGCUUUGAUCAUUUCUAUUAUCAAUGGAAGACAAAGACCUUCAGGGAUCGUUUGGUACAAACCUUGAGCCAUCAUAUAAAGACACUUUAUAAGAUGGGGGCAAGAAAGAUAGCUGUGGCUGGGAUUGGACCCCUUGGAUGCACUCCAUUCCUACGUUCAAUACUUGUAGAGUCUGGUAGGGGAUGUGCAUUGGGUCCCAACCUUCUUGUUAAGGAUUUCAAUGAUAGAACAAGGGAGAUGAUCACCCAACUCAACCAAUAUUUGCCUGAGUUGUUCAUAAUCCAUGCUGAUACAUUCGCUAUCCUAUAUGAUAUUGUUGCCCAUCCUCAUAAAUAUGGCUUUACAAAUUCUAAAGAUGCAUGCUGUGGCUUUGGAGGACGUUACAAUGGCAUUAUAACUUGCCUUCCUUUCAUGGAGUAUUGUCAAGAUAGAAGGAAAACUGUGUUUUGGGAUGCCUAUCAUCCAACAGAAGCUGCCAAUAUUGUUAUUGCCAAAGCAAUAUUGAAUGGUGAUCUUCAGCGAGUUUACCCCAUGAAUAUUGUUCAGUUGGCUAACCUAUAG